AUGCCAAAGAAAAAUUUUUAUGAAAUUUUGGGAGUAAGCCACCAAGCUACCGAAGCAGAAAUUAUUGCGACUUACUUGAAAUUACGACGAGAAUUAAUUGCGAGUAAUAGCCCUGUGGAAGAAUUCCAAAAAAUUUACGAAGCCGUUUUGGUUUUGACCCAAAUUCGGGAAACUUAUGAUUUGGCUGACGAACAGGAAGAUUUUCAUACUGUCGUUCCUGGCAAGACGCUCGACGAAUUUCUCAACGAGGACGAUACUAAAACCGCCGCCGAAAUUCAAGCUGCCAAAAUACAAAAUGAAAAUUUGGAAAAAUACAGAAAAAAGAAAGAGCAGUUAAGACAAUUUUCUUCGGAAAGUAAUAAUUGA